AUGCUCCCCAGCAGCAUUACUAUCAGCCGCCGCCAGGUCAAUACCCUGGCUUGCCGGCUGCUGCACCUCCUCCAGCUCCGCCACAGUAUCCCCCGGUGUCGCAGUAUCCUGCGGCACCGCCUCAGCACUAUCCGCAAUACCAUCCGGCGCCAGUACAUUACCCGCCGAGGCAGCAUCCUCCACCCUCGCAUCUCCCUCACCAAGGCACUACAGGAUCGCAACGAAAUUCCAAGGGACCAUAAUCUAACCAGGAGAUGGGACGAGCCCGUCAGAGCCAGCCAAGGCAUUCAGGAGCAACGGCACAAUGAACAGGCCAGUUCGAAAUCGCAAAAGAAGAAGAAGAGUAAUCGCAACAAGAAUCGUAGGAAGAGCAAGCAUCAGACUGCGCAAGCAGGCAAAGCCACGGCACCACCCAAGGACGAUGGCCAAGUGGGAGGCGAGCACGAUGUUGAAGAUGACAAAUCUGAGCACUCUGAGCAGGACUCUGAGGCACCCGAAGAUACCAAUGAUACAGCUGUCCCAGCCAAAGACGAGGAUGUGGUUGAAGCUCCAGCUGAAGCCCCUCGGGGAACUGAGCUAGUGGAGCCGGUCAACGAGGAAAACGUCAAGGAGGUGAAGACCGCGUCGGAAGACCAAGAAAAGGCGGAACGCUCCCUGACACCAGAAGAGGAAAUGAGUGAUUGGGCAUGGGAGGAGAAGAUGGUUUUCACCGAGUCGCAAAUCGUUCACGAGUCUGACCCUGUCGGGAAGCCAUUACCGGUGGAAUAUACCGAAGAUGUCCUCUUGCCCCCGAAAUGGGAUGCGAAAUGUCUCGUUUCCGAUUUCUUUACCCAUGAUAACAUUGAGGACUUCUCACGGCCAGUCCACGAGACGAAACAUUGGGUUCUUCUUCAGUUUGACCCGGCCUUUGCAUGGGAUGGCAGACUGCCAAGUGGCGAUGCGUUCCCUCGACCGCCUCUUCCCGGCGCGAUAAGCUCUGACGGGGCGCAUGAGGCCCUUGACGUGCCACUGGCCACUGUGGAAGAAGACGAGCCACUCGGUGGCAUUUCACCGAAGCGAAAGCGCUCCGAAGAACCACCUCAGUAUACCAAACGCCGUGACAGCCGCACCGAGGCGAGCAGAGAGCGUCCAUCCUUGCCGAGGCAACGAGACUCUUAUCGUCCUGAUCCAGGUCGAAGAGUGUCUGGUUCCCAGAGACGAGACCCAAGCCCCGGUCGCCAGAGGUCGGACAUGGGCCGCCGCUCCCCAACGCCGCGAAGAUCACCAUCUGUCGCGUCGACGAGGUCCUCGAGGCUCAACUCGUUGGAACGCGAACUGCUGGGCAUCGACGGUGACGACAAGGAGCCAAGUGACGAUGAGAAGGAGCCUGAAAGGGCUCGGCAGAACAAACGUCGACGUGUUCAAAGACUGGACGCUGCGUAUAGUCGACGCUGGUAA